AUGUCUUCCGCAACUUCAAACUCGUGGCUGGGUUUGAUCAUCGCCCUUUUUUUAUUUACUCGAACUGGUCAGAGCCUCCAGGAGGGCAUAUCAUCCGGGGAGGCGAAUUCUUAUGGCAGCAGGAAGUCAACGACGUGGCCCACGACCUUGUACGAUGGUGUCGUGGCCAAAAACACCAUUAGUGCCAUUGCCGCCGACAAGCACCUUCGCCAAACGUACAUGGCAAUUCUGAGCAUGUGCAUUGACGCAUCAAGGAACCUUGCAGAAAUAUAUGGCGUACCCGAACUUGAUGCCAUCUCCGACGACCUAGACCGCCAUCUCCGACAGGUAAACGUCAAUACGGAAGUCGAGUACCGACUAGACCUUAGAAAGCGCCGUUCGACGACGGGCACGGAUGAAGACACCAAUUUGGCCAAGAGACAAGGUCUCAUCGGAGGUUUGCUGUCGGGGCUCGUCGGAGGCGGGAAUGGAGGCAAGCAAUCAGCCGCUGGCCCUGGCGGCAAGGGUAUCGGCGGCAUCAUAUCCAACGCCGCCACCAAUAUUUUCGGAAACGUCUUGAACAUGUCGGGGCCUGCUCUUGUUCGAGCUGGCUUUUUCGGGGGUGUGGGAGCUGGCGAAGGGGCCGCUCAGGGGCUGGAUCUGUUGUCUGCCGAUCUGAGCAAAAGUGCGGGUGCGACAGUGGCGGAGGAAAACGGCAUGCAGAAAAAGGGCUUGAAUCCCAUGAUCGAGCAGGCGGCCAUGGCCCUCACGGCAACGGCUGUGAAAGCAUUGCGAAUGAGCAACAUCUUUCAGCUACCUCCUCUGGGCCCCGUGGCGGCUGCUGCCGGGAGCGGACUUGGCUCGGGAGCUGCGUCGGGACUGAACUUGACCUUGCGAAAUCUCGGGCCGCCAGCAAACGCGUCGGAUCUGGCCAGCAUCGCAGGCAGCUUUGCCUUUGGUGCGAGCAAGUCGUUGGCGGAAAAUGUCAAGAUUGGUGGCGCGAGCUUAACAGCACUGCUUCCCAAUGAUCUUGGUCCUGCAGCUCUCGAGAUCGGUCGCGGCCUAGGAGCCGGAGCGGCGUCGGGCCUUAAGCUGGGUAGCAACACCAACGUCCCUCCUCCGCCCCCUGCAUCGCAAUCGGACGUGCCUGGGAUCGCCCGCACGUUCUCCUUUGGCCUCAGCGAGGCAGUUGCAAGAAACAUUGACAAGAACAGCCUCAGCCUAGGGUCUGUAGUUCCGAACCUUGGCGAUACUGUGCUGAACAUCGGCAACGGCCUCGGCACAGGGGCCGCCGCAGGACUAAAGUUGAUCAACAGCACGAACGCAGCCCCUCCUCAACCCGUCUCGUCCUCCGAUAUCCCCGGUCUCGCUCGCACGUUGUCAUUUGGUCUCAGUAAAGCGGUCGCGGACAACAUCAACCCAGGCAGCAUAAGCCUCGGCAAUUUCAUUCCGGACAUCGGCGGCACCGUGCUUGGUGUCGCCGACGGGCUCGGAACUGGUGCUGCGCUGGGGCUCAAGUUGACCAAUGAUGUGAACAUUGCGCCCCCUCCGCCUGCCUCCUCCUCCGUCCCGGAUCUUGCUCGUACGUUUGCCUUUGGGCUGAGUAAAGCCGUGACGGAGAACCUCAAUACGAGCAGCUUGAACAUUGGCUCAAUGAUACCGGACUUUGGCGAUGCCGUGCUCGGCGCUGGCAGCGGACUUGGCAGCGGUGCAGCGGCAGGGCUCAAGUUGACAAGUAAUGUCAAUCUUGCGCCUCCCACACCCUCUUCCUCGUCUGAUAUCCCGGGCAUUGCCCGUACGUUUGCCUUUGGCUUGAGCAAAGCGGUGGCGGACAAUUUUAACACAAGCGGAGUCAACAUAGCAUCUGCCCUCCCGGAUGUCGGCGCCGCCGCGCUCAGCGUAGGACAAGGAAUAGGAAGCGGUGCAGCGAUGGGACUGAAGUUGACGACCAAAGAUCUCGCACCCCCUCCCCCGACGUCGCUAUCGGAUCUCACGCGAAUCGCAGGCACCUUUGCUUUUGGCUUGAGCAAAUCGGUCGUCGAUGGUGCCAACCUGAGUUCCAUGAACCUCGGCUCCAUGCUGCCCGAGAUAAACCUGGGUAAUGCUGCCCUUACACUCGGCGCGGGACUGGGCGGAGGAGCGGCCAUGGGGUUGAAGCUGACGACAAAGGAUCUCCUUCCUCCACCGCCUACCUCCUCAUCGGAUGUCCCGAACAUCGCAGGUCGAUUCGCCUUUGGUCUCAGCAAAGCAGUGGCGGAUAACCUCAACGUCAGCAGCAUGAGCCUCAGCUCGGUGCUUCCGUCCGUCGACGUUGGUGCUGCGGCGCUCUCUGUUGGAACGGGACUUGGCAGCGGCGCCGCUCAAGGACUCAAACUAACAAAUAAUGCUGACGUGCCUCCUCCGCCAGAGUCACCCGGGGACAUUCCGCGGAUUGCCGGCCGCCUCGUGUUCGGCCUCAGCAAGGCCGUCACGGAUAAUCUCAACACGACCGAUCUCAUCGGCAGGGCUGCCGGCAUCGGCGGCAUCGGCGGCCUGGACAUGACCGAGACGCUCCGCAAGUUCGGCGCGCAGGCCGCAUCCGGAUUGGGUAAGGGCAUCGGCGGCGGGGCCGCUGUGGGGCUCGGCCUACAGCCCGAUACACCGGCCCCACCCGGCCUCCCCGACGCCGACGGGACCCUCGACGUUGGAGGCAUCGCACAAGCCUUUGCAUCAGGAUUGACGUCACGGUUCCUUGCCAACGGCACGGCUAGCAACGCCAUAAACAGCUUCUCGGGCGAUGGAAAAUCGAUCGCGGGGCUCACAUCCAGCCUAGACUUUGGGCGCAUCACAGGCGGGCUCGCUAGGGGCUUGCUCGCUGGUGCUGGCGAUGGCAUAGAGGCGAUUGGGGGUAUCAAUGCCCUCAUCAACGGUACCACGACCAUGCCAACCGGCACCCUGACAGAGACGAAGACGACAUUCAACGAUUCAGUCGGUGGUGCCGCCACAGGCUUUGGCCAGGGCCUCGGCAGCUCCGGUGUGAUUACUGCACAAAAGUUGCUUGCCCGUGGAGUGGACUUGAAUCCGCUCUUCUCCAAUGCCGCCCGAGGGGCAAAACGUGACAUCUCUGGACGGAUGAUUGCCUUUUCCAGGCGCCAAGCCGAGCUACCAGCUGGUGCCCAGUCCGGGGUGAAUCUCAAUCUGUCUCGGCUGCUGAGUGCCGAGUCCGUCUCGUCAAUCGGACAGAAAGUGUUGGAUGUACUAGGUUCCGAAGGGAUCGGCGGGCUCGGUCUCAUCGCCUUUGGUUUGACCAAAAGUAUGUCCAUAAACCCUGGAGGGUUUGACGAAAGGACAGCGGGAUUCCUCAAGGCACUCAUCCCGAGAGGUACCAUCCGCGUCGUAAAUGGUCUCAACUCGUACGAGAUUGAUGGCGAUGCAAUCUCGAAAUCCUCAGGUGCGUCUAUAUCCGAUACUGUAUCGAUCAACGGCACCGGCAUUAUCAAGUUUGUUGUGUUCGUGGGCCUGCAUGACGGGUCCAUCAUUGGCAACGCAUAUGCUGUUCGCGAGUUCAACGUUGUCGACGCCCUAGCCGAGGACGGGCAGCUCAGAUAUUGGGGUAGGAAGCGCCUCCUCCUCUGGGCAUUCGAAAAGUCAUUUGUUAAUGCGUGA